CUGGGCUCUGUCUGCGCUAUUCUGGCCGUUCAAGUUGCCAGACAUGCGCUCAGUUGAAAUACUGAGCAACAUGCAAGUAACAUACAUGAGACCAGCUUUGCAGCUUGUAGGCGCACAUGGCUCUCAGCGACAGAACGAUGACCGAUCGGUGCAUUGGAUUGAGGUGCUUCUGUUGGCGUCGUGCUCGGUCAGCACAGAGCCGCGCCCUCGAUGACAUCUACAAUGUACAACAUACGUAUAGCGCAAGGUAAGCCGUCCACAGGCCAUGACAUUUGUAAUCCAGCAGGCCUCUCCUCAACAACCUGAACUCGAAUCUACCUACUAUCUGACCUUGCAUUUCUCCUCCCCUCGACAUACCUCGCACCCAUUGUACUGUAUACCCCAAUCAUGGCAGCAUACACCCGGGUCGGUGCCGUAACAGGCGCCAACAAAGGCAUCGGCAUAGCCAUUGUGCGCCAACUAGCCCUCCAAUAUCCCAAAUCCGCAUACAACAACGGCCCACUCCUCAUCUACCUGACGGCACGAAACGAAGAGCGAGGCAAAGCCGCCCUGGAGUCCCUCCAUUCCGAUCCGCAACUCACAAAGGCCAAAGCACUACGCAUCCAGGGCGGACUAACCGACGUCAAAUACCACCCAUUAGACAUCGACAGCACACAAAGUAUCCGGGACUUUGCCAGUUUUCUGAAAAAAGAGCAUCCUCAGGGAAUUGAUUUCUUGAUCAACAACGCGGGAAUUGCCCUGCAGGGGUUCGACAUUGACGUGGUCAAGAAAACCCUCCAUUGCAAUUACUACGGCACGCUUGAAGCGACUCAGCAGAUCCUCCCGCAUAUCAAAGACGGUGGCCGGUUGGUGAAUGUGGCGAGCAUGGUGGGACAUUUGACCUCUCAAUACUCCAACUCCAUCCGGUCUCGAUUCCUGCAGGCCCAGAAGCCCGAGGACAUCACCCAGCUCAUGGAGGAAUUCACCUCGGAAGUCGCCGAGGGGAAGCACGAGAAGAACUGGCCUAGUUCGGCGUAUGCUGUGUCCAAGGCCGGCGUUAUUGGAAUGACGAAGACUAUUGCGCGCCAGAAUGCCCACUCUGGAAGUAAAACACUAAUCAAUUGCUGUUGUCCCGGCUAUGUCAAUACAGAUAUGACGAAGGGCCGAGGCACCAAGACGCCCGACGAGGGUGCGCAGACUCCUGUCUUGUUGGCUAUUGGCGAUAUCAAGGGUUCAAAUGGUGAUUUUUGGCAGAAUGAGCGGAAGAUCGAUUGGGCCAAGGCAUGAAAGUGGCCUCUUCAUAAUGAUGCACAGUAAUGCAGCGACAGCGGUCUCUAUACUGGCAGCGGACUUUGAACCAUGGUAAUAUAAGUUCAAAGUAGAUACCAACGAGUUGAAUUACUUCAAGUUCAGUCACGCAACUGAAGUAUAUGUACGGUGCCCUACCCACCUAGGUAUUCGAUGGAUGAAGAGGUAAAAUGAUAUAACAAUACAUACAUGAGUACAAGCGUCAAGGGAUAUACAGUAUGGCAAUUCUUUACAGAACCUGCUUCAAGCGCGCGGCACGGCGGGCUGCUGUUCCACCAGUUCAAGCUGGGUGCUUCAUGCCGAGCUCAUCUCGACCCCAAAGUUAUCAGGUAGCCUUUAUUCGUCUUAUCAAGCCAGCUUUACCCUGAUUUCCUCAGCAACAUCAGCGGCUUCCCGGCCUCAAUAACAUCAUUCGGCUUGACGACCAAUUUCUCGACCUUUGCGCCUUCCAUGCUGGACUCGGCCUUGACGGGGAUUUCGAGCUUCAUGGCCUCGAGGAUGGAAACGACUUGGUCGGCCUUGAUGACGUCGCCUUCCUUGACCUCGACUUUCCAGACGUUGGCGUUGAGAGGGGCCUCGACGGGAAUGAUGUUUGGAUCUGCCAGACGUUAGUAUUUAAUGCUCAACCCCGAGGCCCAGACCGAGAUCAAGACCGCUUUGCGGCCUCCAAGUCCACACUUACCAUGCAACAACUCCUG